GGAGUUUUCUUUUGGUGCUGGUUCCUCAACUAGGGGCCUCUCCAGGGAAGUAAGAUCCAGUCGCAGCAACCGCGGAACUGUGCUCAGGACCUGAGCUGAGAGGAUUCGCCCAGUGUCAGCGGCGCGAGCUGGUGAGGAGAGGACGAGGAUACGAGGCUGAAAAACACUCCACCUCCACUUGCCAAUAUUGUUUCAGAAUGUCAAGUACUGCGUCCUACCGGAUCUUCGAUUUUGCAAGGAAUUGUAUUGCUGUGUUACGAGUGGGUAGACGCUUGUACUCCAGGGCAGCCACGAGUAGGAAUCAAGGGAAAUGGAGGCUCUUUUCUCCCGCAUCGUUGGCCAUGAAGGACAGUUCUCCACAUGGUGGCUUUGCUCUGCGGAAAGCUUACAGACACACAUCAACCGAGGAAGAGGAUUUCCACUUGCAGCUCAGCCCCGAGCAGGUCAGUGACCUGCUCCGAGCUGGCGAGUCAUCCCACAAGGUUCUGGAUUUCAACAGUGGAGUUCCAAAUUCAGUGUUAAGGUUUGAGAGCAACCAGUUGGCGGCCAAUUCCCCAGUGGAAGACCGACAAGGUGUGGCUUCCUGCGUGCAGACGAGGGGGACGAUGUUUGGUAUUUUUGAUGGGCAUGGUGGCCAUGCGUGUGCACAGGCGGUGAGCGAGAGGCUUUUCUACUACAUGGCGGUGUCCCUCAUGUCCCACAAGACCUUGGAGCAGAUGGAGGAAGCCAUGGAGAACAUGAAGCCUUUGCUGCCCAUCCUGCAGUGGCUCAAGCACCCCGGAGACAGUAUUUAUAAGGAUAUCACAUCGGUUCAUCUGGACCACCUCCGAGUCUAUUGGCAGGAACUCCUUGACCUACAUAUGGAAACGGGACUAAGCACUGAAGAGGCAUUGAUGUACUCCUUCCAGAGACUGGACUCCGACAUCUCGCUAGAAAUUCAGGCUCCUCUGGAAGAUGAGGUAACGAAGAACUUAUCCCUCCAGGUUGCUUUUUCUGGGGCAACAGCCUGCAUGGCCCACGUCGACGGAGUUCACCUGCACAUAGCAAAUGCUGGCGACUGCCGGGCUAUCCUGGGUGUCCAGGGAGACAAUGGUGCGUGGUCAUGUUUACCUCUUACCUGUGACCACAAUGCCUGGAAUGAGGCAGAGCUGUCCCGGCUUAAGAGAGAACACCCCGAGUCUGAGGACAGGACACUCAUCAUAGAUGACAGGCUGCUGGGUGUCCUCCUACCCUGCAGGGCCUUCGGGGACGUCCAGCUAAAAUGGAGUAAAGAGUUGCAGCGGAACGUCCUAGAGAGGGGAUUUGAUACCGAGGCCCUCAACAUCUACCAGUUUACCCCGCCCCACUACCACACUCCACCCUACCUGACUGCUAAGCCUGAGGUCACAUACCACAGGCUGAGGCCCCAAGAUAAGUUCCUCGUGCUGGCCUCAGAUGGCCUCUGGGACAUGCUGGACAAUGAGGAUGUGGUAAGGCUGGUGGUGGGGCACCUGUCCAAGGUCGGUCACCAGAAGCCAGCCCUGGAUCAAAGACCAGCCAACCUGGGCCACAUGCAGAGUCUGCUGCUGCAGAGGAAAGCCAGCGGACUCCAUGCAGCUGACCAGAAUGCAGCCACACAUCUGAUCAGACAUGCCAUCGGGAGCAACGAGUACGGGGAAAUGGAGCCAGAGCGUCUGGCUGCCAUGUUGACGCUGCCAGAGGAUGUGGCCAGGAUGUACCGGGAUGACAUCACUGUCAUGGUGGUGUUUUUUAACUCAGAUUCAAUUGAUACCUAUUUUAAGGAGGGUUAAGAGUCUCACCCUGUUGCCAAGGCUAACACGAAUGCCCUUUAUUUUAGAACAUUUCCACUCAUUCCUUAGUGAGCAAUCCAAACCUUAGUAAAGAACAGGCAGACAUAGGUUGCUGAGUAAUUAAUGAAAGGUAGGGAAAACCAUCCUUAGUGCAAAAAAAACAAAAAAACAAAAAAACAAAAACAAAAACAAAAAAACAAACAAAAAACAAAAAAAGACAUUAGGAGCGAAUUUUGUCCUGUGUGUUGGUCAGCUCUUCUAUGCAGCAGACAAAAUAAAGACUAAAAUUGGCUUAGGCUCACGUAGCCCAUGUCCUUUAUAAAGACUGUUAAAUUGUGUCAUCCUGUGCUUUUAAAGGAUAAAUUUAAUCAUGAGUCUAAGAAUAAAGAACUUCAGGAUCUUCUGAGACCCAGUUGCAAAUUUUAUAGAGGUGAUCCUUCUGAACUCUCGUUAUGAGCAACUUCUUGGCUCUAGUUUUUGUUUGUUUUUUUUUUAACUAGGAAGCCCUAGGUUUACAAAGCAAUCUUCAGGGCACUUUUCUGUGUUGUAUUCUAACUUCCCUCUGUGUGUGUGUGUGUGUGUGUGUGUGUGUGUGUGUGUGUGUGUGUGUGUGUGUGUGUGUGUGUAUGUGUGUGUGUGUUUAUAUGAAACGACUGUGAUAAUAUUCUGGAUAUUCUGUGCUGUUUGUGUUUUAAUGCUGGUUAAAUUUAUUUUAAAACUGAAUCUCAAGCUUGUAAGCAGGACUGCCAGAAGCAUGUUUGGGACCUCAGCUGAGGAUGAGAGGAACUAGGCCUCUGGAUCAGCUGAAUUUAAUUGUGUAGCUAUUGUUCCCCUCCGUUGAGCCUCACCUCUGAACCUUGGAGCCGCCUGGGGAGGCGAUUUCUGUCUAAUCCCUAACUCCUGGCAUUUUUGCUUAGUAAAUGGUUCCCCCUAGGCUUAGCCACGGGUUAUUCAUAAUUUUAGGUUCCUUUUGAUUAUAGCCUUCAAACACUCUGAUUCCCUGUGACACAAUCCUACCUCUGCUAUUCUGCCUGGCCUCAGCCUGAUGUUACUGGAAAGCCUUACCUGUUCUUUCUAUCAUCCAAAGGUUGGAAGAAAGAUGACGUGGUCGGGUGGUAAUUGAGGACAUUUAGGCAGGACGGACUUUUUCAGUGGUUUGUGGACUUGAGAGUUCAGCCUGGAUCUAGAGAAGUGAAAGUAAGGUCUUAUGAAGAGCCAGGAGCCAAGGCUUUCUCUCUGCAUCUUGGAAGGGAGGAGGGAGACUUAUCAGAUGGGCCACCUGCCCCUGCCUGUUGAGUUGCCAUGGCUACACCCCGAAGACUAGACCAUAUUUAGUGUGAUAGUUGGGUGAAAAAGUUAAAAUGCAUCUGGCUAUAGUCCUCAUGGGUCGUUGGUGUCUGCUUAAAAACUAAUCCAUACGAAUCGGUUUCAAGUGAUACGUUUCCUCUUCUCUUGGUUGGCUGUGGCAUUGAACUCUAGGAAAUGUGUGCCUAAAUGGAAACACACUUUAUUUUUGGCCAUUUUAAUUUCCUGUCCCUUGUCAGUGCCGUAGGCAAAGCUCCUUAGUUGAUCCUUUCUGUUGCUUAUCCGCUGUGCCAUCCACACACUAGGUGUGGCCCCCUUGGCUUUGCAGGUUAGACGUUCUGCCAAGUUCAGACUGGGUUAGCAAAACUGGUUAGCUCAGUGGGUAAAGGCUGCCAGUCUCAAAAUCCCGAGUUCCAUCCGUGGGACUUGCGUGAUGAAAGGAGUUGAAAGAUGUCACUGACCUCCACAUGUGCACCGAGGCACAUGAACUCACACACACAAAA